GUCUAUGUAUUCGAACAUUUGAAGAAUGUUGUUUACCGGCAGAUCCUUCUUAGGAAGAGUUUUGUUAGAUAUAUCACAAAAUGUGGGCCAAAAGGGGUUCAUAGUAAACUACUGCAAGGCAGCUACCGCCUUGCGGCCGACGAAGGCCAAGUCCACCAGAAAGGAGGCACAAUACUUCUCUGACGCCAAAAGGGUACGGGCGAUUGGCGGAAAAGGUGGAGACGGCUGUGUUUCUUUCUUGCAACUCUGGUGCAAUGAGCGAGCCGGCCCCGACGGCGGAGACGGUGGACACGGCGGUCAUGUGGUGUUCCAGGCAUCCAACGACGUCCGCAACUUCAACCACGUGGACAGCGUAUUGCGGGCAGAGGAAGGAGAACGGGGCAGCGCCAAGGAUUGCCACGGAAAGAACGCCAAACACUCGCUGAUAAAGGUGCCCAUUGGCACGGUCAUCAGGAACUCCCAGGGACAGAUCGUGGGUGACCUGGCGCACGCCAAUCUCAUGUUUGUAGCUGCCCGUGGCGGUGCUGGAGGAAAAGGAAACCGCUUCUUCACGACCGACAAGGAAACCAGCCCCAAGGUGUGUGAGUAUGGACCCACUGGCGAGGAUCUCUCCUACACGCUGGAGUUGCGGAGUAUGGCUGAUGUUGGCUUGAUUGGCUAUCCAAACGCUGGCAAGAGCACAUUGCUGAACGCCUUGACUCGCGCUAAGCCAAAAGUGGCACCUUAUGCCUUCACAACGCUACGCCCCCACCUCGGCACCGUUCUGUACGAUGAUCAUGUCCAGCUGACCAUAGCCGACCUGCCUGGACUGGUUCCAGACGCCCAUCUUAACAAAGGCCUAGGCAUACAGUUCCUGAAGCACGCCGAGCGCUGUACUCUGCUGCUAUUUGUCUUGGACGCCAGUGCUGCGAAGCCCUGGAAGCACUACGAGCAACUCAUGCACGAGUUGCGGCAGUUUGGAGGAAGCUUGGCCAGCCGCCCGCAGCUGGUGGUAGCCAACAAACUGGAUAAAGAUGAGGGCGAGGCCAACUUUGAAGAGCUGCAAAGAAGACUACAGAAUCCAGUACUUGGCAUCAGUGCCAAGAUGGGCAAGAACCUCGGUAACCUCCUAGACAGCAUACGCAGGUCGUACGACAGGCACAAAACCGACAUUUAGUUUGGAAUCCAAUGGAUGGUGUUUACAAUUGUUAUUUUUAUAUUAAACUUAAACCUUAUCAAGAACACACAAAUGA